CACAUCCUCCUCUUGCUCUUCACCCUGCGCACGCGGCUGGGGCGAGGAUGGCAGCCUCUGCCUCUGCCAGACCUGCGGGCGUCUCUCUGCCAAGGGCCUGUUGUGCUCAGGGUCUGGCUGUCUGCCUGCUUCUGCCUGAGUGUGACUGACAGCCACAUGGCUGUCUAUCUGCCUGUCUGUCUGUCUACCUGCCUGGCCAACCCUUGCCUGCUGUCUGUCUGUCCCUGGUGCUGACAAAUGGUCCCUGCCCCAUAGUCUCUGUCUUCUGUCCUUGUGUGACCUCUUUGGGACAUGACUGAUCUUUGUGCACCCAAAUGGUUCCUGCUGUGUGGCCCACCUGCCUGCUGUCUAUCCAAGUGACAGGUUGUGUGAUUGGCUGAUGACUUGGGGCAGAUUGUGGAUUCCCACCCCAGACCCCUGCCUGUUCUCUCCCACCUCCUCUCCGACCCCGCGCUGAGCCCAGCUGUCACCUCCAGGAGCCCGCUGGAUUGCCCGAGCACACAGAAUGGAUUUCUGAGGAAGAAGCUGGAACAGCAGGCUCGCGGGAUCAGCAUGCUGCGCGUCUGUGCUGCCCCUGUGGUCCUGCUGGUGCUCCAGGGCGACCAUCACCUGCAUCCUGCAGACAUGGGCCGUCCACCCUGGCACACUCACCCUCACCUGCCCCAAGAUUGUGGACUUCUGCCCUGGCCCUGUGCACGGAGUCCCCACCAGCCACCAGCCAUGACCAGCUGCUCUGUCCUUGAAGGCAAGACCCGUAUGGAGAACUGGAGGACGAGGUCACAUCCUGCCACCUCCACCGGUCCACGCACAACACCACGCAUACAAAGUACAUGUGUCACAUGGAUGUGUUCCCCUUCAUGGCUGAUGACAUUUUCAAUGUCAAUAUGACGGACCGGUCUGGCAAUAACUCCCAGGAAUGCAACAGCUUUAUCCUGGCCGAGAGCAUCAAGCCAUCUCCCCCUUGCAACGUAACUGUGACCUUCUCAGGAAGUUAUAACAUCUCCUGGAGCUCCGAUUACGAUUCCUACAAUUUCUACGCGCUGAAGGGCAAGCUUCAGUAUGAGCUGCAGUACAGGAAGCUGGGAGACCCCUGGGCUCUGAGUCCAGGAAGAAAGCUGAUCUCUGAGGACUCCAGAAGCAUCUCUCUCCUCGCCUUGGAGUUCCGCCAGGGCUCAAGCUAUGAGCUGCGGGUGAGGGCAGGGCCUCAGCCCGGCUCCUCCUUCCAGGGGACCUGGAGUGAGUGGAGUAACCCAGUCAUCUUUCACAUCCAGCCGGAAGAGAUGAAGGGAGACCGGCGUGCUUACCUGCUGUACCUCCUUCUGCUCAUCCUUCCCCCAGUCCUUGUCUUCUUAGGCCUGAAGAUCCAUCUGCCUUGGAGGCUGUGGAAGAAGGUGGUGCAGGUGCCCAGCCCAGAACAGUUCUUCCAGUCCCUCUACGUGAGACACAGUGGAGACUUCAAGAAAUGGGUGGGCACUCCCUUCACUGCCUCCAGCCUGGAGCUGAGACCCAGGAGCCCAGAGGUGCCCUCAGCCCUGGAGGUGUACAGUUGCUGCCCCCCGUGGAGUGCAGCCAAGGCACUGGGGCCUGUGGGGCUGUCAGAGCCUGCAGAGCUGGUGGAGGCUGACGGCAUGCCUGAGCCGGGCUCCUGGGGUGCAGCCCCCUCCACCACAGGCAGUGUGGGCAGCUCGGCGUACAGCCAGGAGAGGGACCGCCCGUACGGCCUGGUAUCCAUCGACACGGUGACUGUGGUAGACGCAGAGGGGCCGUGUGUCUGGCCCUGUACCUGUGGGGAUGAUGGCUAUCCAGCCCUGAACCUGAACACCAGCCUGGAGGCUGGUCCAGGCACUGAGGACCCGCUCUUGGGCAUGGGGGCCACGGUCCUGUCCUGUGGCUGUGUCUCAGCCAGUGGUCUUGCUGGGCUGGGAGGUCCCCUGGGUAGCCUCCUAGACAGGCUGACACUGCCCCUUGAAGAUGAAGUAGGUUGGGCCCCGGGGCCGCUCUGGGGUGGUGGGCUGCCCCGAGGGGUGUCUGACAGUGAAGCAGGCUCACCCCCAGCCGGCCUGGACAUGGACACGUUUGACAGUGGCUUUGCAGGCUCUGACUGUGACAGCCCCGUGGAGUGUGACUUCACCAGCCCCAGGGAGGAAGGGCCCCCCCGGAGCUACCUCCGCCAGUGGGUGGUCAUGGCCCCUCCCCCUGUGGGACCUGAGCCCCAAGCCACGUAGUGAGGCUGAGGGGUCAUUCAGAGCUGGCUGUGCCUCUGUGCUGGGAGCCAGAGAUGUGGCCACCUGGGCUAUGCUGUGAAGAGGCCUGCAGCCUUUGGCCUCCCCAUGGGGUCCCUGAGCCUGGUAUUUACAAUGCCUGUGUCAGUGAGGUGCACACUGACAUGUCCAUGAGUGUGAACAGCACCUGGGCCUGUAGGCAUGGAGCAAACCCUUGGUUACUUAAGCUGUGCCUACUUAAGCUCCCCAUGUGCACUAAUGUGCGCAGCAUGCAUGCCUGUGUGCACAUGGUGACAGCUUCCCUCCCUUCCGGGAGGUUGUCACGUGCUGACAGGCUGGUCCAGUCGAUGCCCAUGGGUCCUUCUGGGACCAGGGCCCUGCCUGCCACGCCCUCCAGGUUCUGCCUCUAGGAGCUGCAAUAAGUCCAUACUAUUCCUUUUUCCCUUUCAGGGGGAGGGGAAGGAGAUGGAGCAAGCCCACAGGGACCCUGGGUGUGGGAAGGUUUGGGGGGUGCCUAUGGACCUAGGUCUAAAUCUUGACUCUGGUACCUCCUGGCUGUGCCACCUUGGGCCAGUCACUUCUCCUCUCUGAGUUGGAGUUUCCUGUCCAGUGGAGGUGGCAUGAGUUACUUUGUGGAGAAAUCAGUGAGGUCACCCAUGUACAGCUACAGCCCCAAGCAGACCCUCAAUAAACAUCAACUUCCUUCCUUCUGGGGCCAGAACCCAAGCUUGUGCUGGAGGGGGUGGGGCUGAGAAGCCAGCCAGAGCCCAGAGGCCUGUCGGCCGCCCCCAUGCAGAGGGGCACCUGGGGCUUCCGGGCCUAGAGGCAGCCCUCCUGGAAACAGCCUCCCACCAAACAAGAUUUCUUUUUCUGGUUCCUGUUGCCCGUUUUGUGAUUCCCUUUAUGACCUAAGAAAUAUUUCUCGAGCACAAGUACCUGUGGGGUACACAGAGUACACCUUCCCUUCAGCACUCAUGUGAGGCAGGGGUGUGGGCAGAAAGGUCCCUGGGCAUCUUACUGUCUCCUCCUGGAGAAUCAGAGGGAAGUCAAGUUCUUGAUUGUCAGAGAGCCCACGGAAAUGUGAAUUAAGAAGCUGAGAAAAUAUUUCUUAGCAACAUUUCGAAGGCACCUUACUGAAUGUCAGUUCUGAA